GCUCGACCCUUUUUAUUCCCCCUCCUCUGUUUCCACUUGGCUCACUUCCGCAACCCCAUUGCGUGCAUCAUAGGAGAGAAAAGAUGGGCAACAGUUUGGGUGGGAAGAAAAAGAUGGUUAAGGUGAUGAAGGUGGACGGCACCACGGUGAAGCUGAAGCCACCGGCGCAGGCCACGCAGGCGCUGCGGGACCAUCCGGGCCACACCCUCCUCGACGCCGAGGAGGUGAAGCGCCUCGGGCUGCGGGCACGGCCGCUGGACCCGGACGCGCCCCUCAAGCCGGGAAAGCUCUACUUCAUGGUGGAGCUCCCCCGGCUGCCGGACCGCCGCGCCCCCCGCAGGGCCUCGUCCGGGGCGCUCCGCGUGAGCGCCAAGGAGCGGCUGGAGAGCCUCCGGCUCGCCCGCCGCUCCAUGUCGGACCUCGCCAUCGCGACCCCGGCGCCGCCCUCGGUCGAGGCCGAGGAGGCCAUGGACGGAACCGUCCGCCUCAAGAUGAGACUGCCCAAGGCGCAGGUGCAGAGGCUCAUGCGGGAGAGCAAGGACGCCACCGACGCCGCGCAGAAGAUCAUGCAUCUUUGUGCUGGAAAAGAUGGCAGUGGCCCCUCGCCCUCGCCGGAGCCAACAACGUCAACUGUGGACGCCGGACGCAAGGAGAAGAGAACGAGGUUUCUUGCUGUCACAUAGUCAACCAUCAAAGCUGCCAAAUUUUCAAGUCACUUCACUACUCCAAGUCAAUGUAGAAGCAACAGAAUCACCAGAUCUUGUAGAUUUGUCAGAGAAGAAAAGGAAUUGUGGGUGGGAACAUGCGAAGCUGCCUACGGCUUCCUCGUCCCCUCGAAGCUGUCAGAUAGUGCUUUCUUUACUACUUACUCUCCAUUGCAUGGAAUUCCUGAUGCAGAUGGGAUGGGCAAGAGGGUGGGAUUCCCACGGGAUUAAGAGCUUUGGAUUUGUUUCCAUAAGCAGCAGAACCGUGCUUAUCCAAGCUUCUCGCUUUCAUCUAUCCUGAACAUUUUUUUUUUCUAAAAAAUAAAUAAUUAAUAACUAAGUAAAGCGAGUGCAAAUAUUUUCCCUA